UGACCUAUGAAGCGAAAUGAUGGUGACGAAUAGUUGAUCUGCACGACCUCCCCCAUAUGCUGCGUUGGGAGACGUGAAACCACAACCAUAAACUGAUUAGAUACAAAGAGAGCCAACCAACCAACACCAGAACCAAGAAAAAAAAUGGAGGAAGCAAAAGGAGUUGUGAAGCACAUAUUGUUGGCAAAGUUCAAAGAUGACAUUACACCUGAGAAGAUUGAAGAACUCGCCAAUGGCUAUGCCAAUCUUGUUAACCUCAUUGAACCCAUGAAAGCUUUCCACUGGGGCAAGGAUGUUAGUAUUGAGAACAUGCAUCAAGGUUUCACUCAUGUGUUUAAAUCUACAUUUGAGAGUACCGAAGGGGUUGCAGAAUACAUAGCUCACCCUGCUCAUGUGGAAUUUGCAAACUUGUUCCUGCCCACCUUGGACAAGGUCAUUGUAUUUGACUACAAGCCCACUAUUGUUCGUUUCUAAGU